UCCCCGCUGGGUUAGCUCGAUCUACAUAAGUAUAAUCACAUGAAAAAUUUACGUUGCUAUGUGGCCUCGGCCUUGAUAAUAGUCCCUAGUAAAGGAGGUCCUUCGUCCUAUCACCGCGCAGUAUUUCACACGCCCCGGCGAGCCUCCCUCUCACGGCGCAUGUGCAAAUCUGACAGCCACUGCCAACAUAUUCUAGCUUUUUCGUUAAAAGCCUUAAUUGUUAAGCAAAGCUUCGGAAUAUGUAAUAAUGGACUGAAAAUGGUGGCUAACAUAGGCGGCAUAAAUCCAGCAAAUGUGGAAGCGACGGCGUACAUUAGUGCGGUUGCCGCUUUUGCCCUGGUUCUGCUGGUGCUACUGUUGUUUCUGGGGAAGAAGUGGUGUUACACAGUAGCUGGCAACCGAAAACGGUGUAAUGGUAUCCUCAAUGUGAACGCUAGUGUUGAUCCUGGGCCUCUUGACAAUGCACACUUUGAUUCUUUGUCGAAAACCAUCCAAUACCCCGAACGCAUAUUUGCGUUUGAGCCCUCGGACUCUGACGAUGAGCUGCGUUUGCGCAUACAGGAUAAAGAGGACGUUGAAUGCCGCUAUGAGGAGAAGAAUGAGAACCAGCCGAAGGUUGAGGUGGAUGUUAUUGAAACUGCGCUAAGAGAGACCAGUAUACGUGAAACCAAAAUUGAUGAGUUUCUCCCGCAAAAAGCAGAAUACAUACAUACGUUGGAAGCACAGAGUAGUGUCGACAGCGAUGUGUUGGCGCACAAUGAUACAUCACUUCUAUGCAGCGAAAGCUCAACCGAGCGCGGUUCAGUGGAGUUGACUCUUCUGUACGACGCGCCCGUUCGCACUAUGACCGUGCACGUUCUCCAGGCACGCUCUUUGCCGCAACGUACAGAAGGACAAAUCUUGCAAAGCCAGGUUCGGAUUGUCCUCUUGCCGAUGAAGAAGCAGAAAUACAAAUCCAAAAUUCGUAAUGGAGAAAAUCCACAGUACAUGGAGAGUUUCGUCUUGCAUAAAAUUAAUCCAGAGGACGUACACGGACUCGGUUUACGUAUACGUAUAUACGGGUGCGAACGCAUGCGUCGGCAGCGUUUAUUAGGAGAGGCAAGCGUCAGCUUUGCAACACUUAACUUUGAGCUUGAAAACAAUCUGUGGCUGCAACUCACGCCGAGACAACACCAUCAUCAUCAAGCUAGCAUGCAGGUGCCCAAAAUAGAGCAGAUCAAUACCAUAGUAGGAGUCCUUGCCACUCCCUCUAUAGCCCCGGCAACAUCCCCCGGAGGGGGAGAAGCCUGUAGCCUGGCGAGGUCCGACUCUGCUUCAUCCUGCUGUAGCACCAGAUCGGCCCCGGAACUCCUGCUGGGGUUGCAGUAUAAUCCAACAACGGGACAUUUGUCUGUUGAGAUAAUCAAAGGCACCCACUUCCGAAAGCUGUCGCCCAAUAAGGCUCCCGACACAUACGUAAAGCUAUGCCUCAUCAGCUCUUUAGGGAUGGAGAUGGGAAGAUGCAAGUCCACUACACGCCGAGCUCAGUCCAAUCCUCUUUACAAGGAAGUCUUUAUAUUCCAGGUGGCGCUAUUCCAAUUAACGGAGGUAACCCUUAUGGUAUCGGUGUGGUGGCGGCGCAGUGUAAAGCGAAAUGAAAUGGUCGGUUGGUUCUCACUCGGACAUAGCUCUUCAGGCCACGAGCAAGAGAGACACUGGCAGGAGCUAUGCGAGAGACAAGGACAGCAGGUACAACGUUGGCACGUGCUCCUAGAUUCCUGACGGUCCGCAAGUUAGCCCGCGGCUGACGCGACCGCGUAAUACUCUUCGCCUGUAAUUCCACGACCGGCCGCACUCUGUGCUUUUGCGCCGCGACCUUCGACUAGUCCGGCGUUCGCCGGUCGUCUUUCUGGACCUACGAUUUUGGAAUGUUUUGGAGAAUCUUCUGACGGUCCCUUUGAGUGUGAUAUUUGUAUUCGAUUAUGGGCUUUGUCAAACGAACUACAAUACGUAUUAAACAAAAACUAUGACCUUCAAAAUUAGGUCUCGAUAAAAUCUAAGUUGCUAUUUGUCUGAGCAUGAAAACAUAUAAAAAUCAUUCCCAUUUUGAAGAAUACUGAUGAGUUCAUCAACAUAGUUAUGUUAGCCACAUAAAUGUUAAAUGUUUACUAUUUUAAACAUAUUAUGAUUAUAUUUACAUAAAAUUUCCGAGUAUUGUAGUUCGUUGUUUUUGUAUUGUAAAGCACGAAUUUUGACUGAAAUGACAUAUUUGGUGUUUAUCGGAGUUUUGAAAGUUCUCUUCACUAGUGAUAUUAUGAAAAUCACUGAUAUUAUUGAUACUCUUAAAAGGGAUUAUGAAUUGUAUUUUAGGUAUGUAGGACGAAUUGGAGCGCACAAUAUAUGUGAGAUAGGAUUACUAUAUGAGUAUUUAUGAAUGGUUUAUAUAUUUAUACUGUUGCCGAUAUCUUGCCAAUAAGGUGUUUCGUAUUUUCAUAUUAUAAAUCUUUAAUCUACUAUAUUACAUAGAUGUUUGUUACUAUUUAACUUAUCUUUUAUCGUAGUACUAAUUAUCCUUAAACCUUGUACUAGAUAUACUUACAACGAGAAAAAUUAACAUACCUACAUGACAUAGGACUUGCAAUAUUUAUCAGUGCCGCUUUAUCAUUGUUAAAUAAAUAUAUAUUUAUAUAUAGGUGAAUUCGAUUUUUUCCAUGUAUAUAGGUACUUAUUUACAAAUAAGUGUUUAUAAGCUACGUUUACAUCUAUUUCUGAAUUAUUCGGUAUUAUUUUUUUUAUAAUGUUAAUGUUUACUACGACUUGGGCGUUAAGAAGCUAAUCGCUAAAUAAAAAAAUAGAUAUAUUACUUUAAUUUAUACUAUCUAUAGAAAGGAAAUGUUAUCAAAUACCGGAACAUACAUGGUACAUAGAUUUGGCAGAACUACCAAGAAGUGUGUCUUCGUUAAAUAAAAAUUAAACCUGUAUAUGGUUUGUUAAUGGCGCGCAGUAUUGACUACAUUUAUUACCUAAAAUCCUAGCAUACAAGCUUUCUAAUGCUUUGAUAAUAUUUGUUUAUAUGUUGCCAGUUUAUUAAUGGUUGUAGAUAUUAUUGCUCUUAGACAUUUUGUUAGUGUUCUCUUUGGCUUUUAAAAGAAAUAACCGUAAAGAAUAAAGGCCCAAAAAUAACGUAAGUACUAAAAUAUUCAAGAAUUUAGCUCGAAGUAUACAAAAAAAAUGUGAGUGGUUAGAAUAGCUAUAUUAAUUGUAUGCAUAUCUUGUCACAAAUAAAUUUCAAAUGCUUACCAACUAACAAUGAAUUGUUUAAUACAUUAGUAUGACAAAUAAUUUUAAAAUUAGAUAUUGCCAAACAGUAGAAAUGUGAUUACUGAAUGUUGAAUUUAUAUUUAAUUAAACCACUUUCAAACUUCUGUAUCUUGAGGAUAAAACCGACCAAUAAAUUGUAAGAUGUAGCUUUCAUAUUGUAGAUGCUUAUUUAUUUGUUUGCCUUGACAUUGAUACUGUGAUCAUAAAUUUGUAGAAAUUCAUAGCUUCAAGCUGAUAAAAAACAUGAUUUUGAUGUCUAUCAAAUGUCUUAGCCUAAAGAUUGUAAGAUAUUAGGUGUGACACUGUAUUAUUUUAAUUCCAAUUAUAAAAUGAUUUUAUGUAUUACAAAGUUGUAUACUUGUAAACUUAUGGACUUUUUUAAGACUAGUUUCAGCCUGUUUAUGAUGUUUGAACGUCUGAACUUAAAUCAUUUAAGUAAGUACAUUUUAUUAUUACCAAUAAAAGAAAUGUCUGGUUAUUAUUAAUAAAAGGCCCUUAUCAUUGUCAUUGUACUGAUAAAAACAUGUUUUUUUAAUAGAUCAUAAGAAUUCAUAAAACAAUUGUUUAUUUACUAUGUACUGUAAAUAUGUAUUUUACUAGGCCAUUUUCUAAUUAGUUACAGACAUAAUUGUUAUUUAGACACUUAAUAAAUCUCGCACCUCACUAUAUAGUAAUACAGCAGAUUUGUAAGUCUUUAACAUGCAUUGCAUUUAAAAAACUAAUUGUAUGCAGAUU